AUGACUUAUGUGCAACAAUUCACCGAAAGGCUGGACGAGUACCUGCGCCGGGAGGACAACCCCGUGACCCGAACGCUGGCCAAAGUGGAAGUGUUAACCGGUGUGUCGCGGCUAUACCUGGCCAACGUGGUAAUGAUCUCGUUCGUGGCCUACAUGAUUUUUGGCCAAUUCGCCCAGCUCAUUUGCAAUGUGAUCGGUUUCGCGUACCCGGCAUACGCCUCCCUCUCCGCCCUUAACGCACCGCCCGAUGACGAGCGCACUAUUGAACACAUUCAGCACUUAUUAAGGUAUUGUUACCCUUUACCCUAG